AUGGCGCAAGAGAGAAGCCUCAGGGAGAACAAAGCCCAGGGAUAUCCUAAGAAUGUCUGGUUGAUCUCUGCCUUGGCCAUGCUUCUCAGCAGCUGUUUCAUCUACAACAGCAUGAGCACCAUCAAUAAUGAUGCCUUGGAGAAACUGCAUUAUGUGACUGAGCUCACAGAACUCAUCAGGUCAAAGUCCUCCCUAAGUGCCAAGGACGUAGAAGAGUCCACAGAGUGUCUACGCUUCUUUCCAGACUUUAUCUGGACUGUCCGGGAUUUCACCCUGGAGCUGAAAGAAGGUGAUCGGAAUAUCUCAGCAGAGGAGUACCUGGACAAUGCCUUGAAGCUGACUGCAGGUAAGAGUGAGAGAGCACAACUGUCCAACAUACCCAGGGAGUGUAUCAGGCAUUUUUUCCCCAAACAGAAUUGUUUUGUCUUUGACCGGCCAGUACAAGACAGCGCUCUUGCCCAUAUUGAGGAUAUUUUGGAAAGUCAACUGGAUCCAAAAUUCCUGGAAUAAUCAACUGAUUUCUGCUCUUUUAUCUUCACCCAUCCAAGAAAGAGAUCACUGGGAAACCUAAAUCAUAUUUAUGUAAAUAUAUUUUUGGGUGCUCUGGUGGUGACCUAUGUGGAUGCCAUCAAGAGUGGAAAAAUUCAUUGUUUGGAGCAUGCAGUGACAACUCUGGCCCAGCUUGAGAACUCAGCAGCCGUGGAGAAGGCAGCCGAGCACUACAGCCAGCAGAUGGCCCAGCGAGUGAGCUUCCCCACAGACUCUCUCCAGGAGUUACUGGACGUGCACGCAGCCUGUGAGAGGGAGGCCACUGCAGUCUUCAUGGAACAUUCCUUCAAGGAUGACAAGAGAGAGUUCCAGACUCGGCUCAUGAAAAACAUCAAGAAGAAGAAGGAGGAUUUCCUGCGGCAGAAUGAAGAGGCAUCUGGUAAAUACUGCCAGGAGCUACUUGAUCAGCUUUCAGAGGACCUAACUGAAAGUAUUUCAGCAGGAACUUUCCAUGCUCCUGGAGGGCACAAGCUCUACAGGGAAGCAAUGGAAAGGAUUAAGAGAGACUAUCUGCGCGUGCCCAGUAAAGGAGUGAAGGCAAAGGAGGUCCUCCAGGGUUUCCUGCAGUCACAGGCACCAAUAGGGCAAUCCAUCCUGCAGGCUGACACAGCCCUCACUGCUGGGCAGAAGGCCAUUGCAGAGGAACGAGCCAGGAUGGCAGCCAUUGAGAAAAAGCAGGAAUUGCUAAGAAAGAAACAGGAGGAACAGCAACAGCAAAUACAGACACAAGAGAGAAGCCUCAGGCAGAACAAAGCCCAGGUGAGAGAGAAGCUGGAGAGGGAAAGAGAAAAUGAGCGUAGGGAACAGAAUAUGAUACUGGAACAUAAGCUGAAAGGUGAAUCUGACAUGAUGCAAGAAGAUAUGCUUAGUGAAGGAUUUAAAAAGUCUGAGGAGAUCAAAGCAGAGAUAAGCAAUCUGAGAAAAGAGAUUGAGAAGAAUGAAAAGGAAAAAGCCUUGAUUUCAAAGUGGGUCCUUGAAAUACUUUCCACUCCACAAGGUGUUAACUUGAUUGCUAAAGUGAUGGAUUUGGGCUUGACAGCCCUGGGCAAUCUGUCUAAAUAA